UUAUAAAAUCUUCAUUUCGAAGUUUGACGCGUUCUGGAACGGUUCGCAAAUUUAAACCCGCGCUCCAAUCUCGCGGGCGAGAGGCAAAUCGAUAGCCACCGCAUCAGCUGUUCAGUUCCCUCCUUUCCCUCCUACCACCCCCACCUACGAUUCUCCCUUAAGGUCGCUACGUGUGUCAUCACGGCCAUAUUAGGCACGAGAGGUGGAAUCGGAGGAAUGAGGACGUUUCGCGAUAAAUGAGGCUGCUCUGAAAUUUUCAAGACUUUCUCGGCUGCGCUACGAGGCUCUUCCCCGUGGAUUGCAAGGGACAGCCCGCGAAGCAUGGCAUGGCACUGCAAUGGCACUACGAAUCAAGAGAUGGUGACGAAGCUGAAAGGGACAGAUUAUUCGCAGAUGCUGGUAUACUGGCAACGGACAGGGCAGAAGCCGCUAUGCUCGCUAUUGAUAGAGCCAAAUAUUGCCACGAACCGGAUCCUUACCUCGAUCGUCCUAGAAGAAUCGGUUACAACGUGACCAUCAGUGCACCGCAUAUGCAUGCAUACGCAUUAUCUAUCCUCUCCGAUCAACUCUUCGACGGCGCCAAGGCACUUGACGUUGGCUCAGGUUCGGGCUAUCUCUCGGCCUGCAUGGCGUUCAUGGUAGGCUCAGGCGGACGCGUAAUAGGCAUCGAGCAUAUUCCCGAGCUCAUAGAGAUCUCCACUAGGAACGUACGCGAGGAUAAUCCGCACUUCCUCAAGGAAGACCGCAUCAAAUUUGUGGUGGGAGACGGCAGAUUGGGACAUCCUGCUGACGGCCCUUACAACGCUAUACACGUUGGAGCAGCGGCCGAAACUUUACCGGAGACGCUGAUUGAUCAACUGGCUCCCGGAGGUCGACUGAUCUGCCCAGUCGUGGCCAUAAAAGGUUUCCAAAGGUUACAAGAUCUGCUGCAGGUGGACAAGAGCACAGACGGCGCGAUCACAAAGAAGAAGCUGAUGCAAGUCUCUUACGUUCCUCUCACGGAUCCCACCACUCAAUUACGUAAUUAGAGUCACUAAGAUAUGGAAUGCACGUCGUCUUCAAUUGGGGAUUCAAUAAACUAUAUAUAUAUUUUGUACAUGCCCUGGUUAAUUCCUUCGCAUUGUCCAUUUCUUUCACUAAAUUAAUAUAUUGCAGUCGCAACUAUGGUUUUGUUAUGUACUUUUAAGAGAC